UAUGCGCUUUUGCCUCGAUGGUCUAUCGACGACUCGUAUGCAUUUAACAUGUAACAGCCACCCCCUUCCGAGUCAUUCGUUCAACGUAGCAACGUAUUUCUCCUUGUGCGUUUAUACCCCUUAAACUUAUUGUAUAUUAACCCGGUCCCAUCGCUAGGUACCAAGUCAGUCCUAUCACACGCAACCACCUCAUCAACAACCGUCACGAGACACCGGGGAAAAAAAAAAAACAUCCUUACAAACAACUGUUCACUUUGGUCGUUUAUUCACCAUGGGACUCUCCAAGAAACCCUCCAAGGCAAUCCUCUGCCUGCACGGCGGCGGAGCCUCCCCCGACAUCUUCCGCUUCCAGACCUCCUCCCUGAACGCCGCCCUAGGCCACGAGUACGACUUCCUCUACGCGUCCGCGCCGCACCUCGCCACGCCGGGGCCCGACGUCCUCCCCUUCUUCGCGGGCAUGGACCCGUUCUACAGCUGGUUCAGGCCCGUGCAUGACGACCCGGCGUCGGAGGUGGCCGUCUUCAACGAGGCGGUGCACAAGAGCGUCGAGAACUACACAAAGAACAGGCCCGGCGUCAAGAUCGUCGGGGUGCUGGGCUUCUCCCAGGGCGCGGUGGCGUCGACCAUGCUCCUAUGGCAGCGGCAGGUCGGGCGGGUGAAUUGGCUCCCCGACGUCAAGUUCGGGGUCUUGCUCUGCCCCGGGUACAGUGCCGUCGCCACUGGGUACAUGCGGGAGGUCUGCGAGCAGGAGGACCGCGGCGGCGAGGAGGGGAUCGUGGUGCGGCUGCCGACGCUGCAUCUGCACGGGCGCCAGGACGUCGUGAACCUGCCGCAGUCGAGGAGGAUGUACGCGACUCAUUACAAGGGCGCCAAGUUGGUGGAGUUUGACGGCGAGCAUGAAGUUCCGAGGAGGGUCGGGGAUAUCAAGAAGAUUGUCGAUUAUGUGCUGGGGAUCCCUGUGUAGAGAAACGAGAGCGAGAGAGCGG